AUGGCGGGCGCGUACAAGCGCAAGCGGCACACAGACCUUCCCACCGAAACCAGCCCUCCGGCGAAGAGGUGCAAGUUCACGAGAAGGCACAGAGCGACACCGUUUGCCCCGUCAUUUUGGGACAACCUCUCGAAGGUGUCCCUCACAUCUCUUGCCCUGCGAGAAAUUGACCGACGGAACGAAGAGCGGCAACAUUCACCGACUCCUGCAGCCUCCGAAGAAGUGGUUUCCAAGGACAUCGCUCGCUUCGCAAGACACGGCGGGCCUGAUCUUCGCCAUCUCCGAGGAUUCCAAGCACCGAAACCCAUUGCCGUUAUGUCGUCAACUCCAUCAUCUACGAACCCCCGCAGUCGACAGACGGAGUCAACGGGAGCAACCAGUGUCACCCCCAGAAGCAGAAAAUCGUCCGCGUACGAUAAGAACUUCGAAGCACACCUCGCCGACAAUGGUGUGUAUAUGAACAAUCGGAGAUCGAAACCAAACAACGUGAAGGAUAUCCAGAGUGAACUGGCCAAACAAAGAGCGUCAUUAUCCCCAUCCAAGUUUUCCGAUGGAGCCUUUGAGACAUUCCAGCGGCAAAAUGAGGACGUAGUUUUCGAGUCUGAUGUUAUGGCGACACUGGUUCCUCGGCUAUGCGGCACAUCGGACAUCCACAGCAAACAGAACGUCCUCUUUACCGAGCUUGAGCCCAUCACAGAUGACACUGCGGUGAAGCCGAAACCCGACUUUUUCGACGGGGCACGCCUGCAAGACCUCAGUCAAGAACUUAGGAAGGACCAGUACCUCCGAUCAACCGUCAUUCCCACCAAACACGCCAAUGUCCCCGUGGCACCAAAUGUCUUCCUGGAGGCAAAGGCCCCAAGUGGAGGUGCAGACGUGGCACGGAGACAAGCAUGCUAUGAUGGAGCAUACGGAGCACGUGCCAUGCACGCCCUGCAGAACUACGGGGAGACUAUGCCGACAUACGACGACAAUGCGUACACGUUCAGCUCCACUUACCAUGAUGGCACGCUCAAACUCUACACACACCAUAUUGCCGCACCGAGCACUGUGGAAGGGCGGCCAGAGUACCACAUGACACAGAUCGACGGCUGGCAAUUAACCGGCAACAUUAAUUCCUUCCGACACGGCGCCACGGCGUUCAGGAACGCCCGGGACAUGGCAGAACGAUAUCGCGGUGCCUUUAUUCAGGCCGCGAAUACAAGAGCAGCUGCGGCGGCUACAGUAGACAAUGCAGGCGUCACUGUGGCAUACGAAGAGACCUCAGCAUCUGCGCAGCUUGAAGCUUUCGAAUCAGCAGACCCCUCAGACUGUGGCGCUUGGCAGGAUGCCGACAGCGUGCUUCAGCAGCUAAUCGCCGACGUCGAAGGUGAGCCUCUCCAAGGCGAAGCCGAGACAACCGCCAUGCCCCGAUACCUGCGGGCGGAGGAAGACUCGCAAAACCUGAGCCAGGACUCGGGACCUCGGGACCAUGAUGACCCGUCAUUGAGUUUCGUGUCCAGUUUCACGUCUUUCGACACUGAGAUCCUACGUUCUAAGCGUCCCAGGCAGUCACUCAGCCCACCUACCAAGUCUAAGAGGACUCUCCCUUCGACGGAGGCGAAGAAAGACGAGCACCGACGACAGCGACCAUCUAAGUAG